AUGAUGUCAUCAGAUUUGGAAAUUGAUUAUACAAGUAAGUGGUAUUACAUUAACAACAUGUAUUUUAUCCUACAAAAUGAUAAAAUUUAUAGAUCAUAUUCAAUACCAUUUGGUCGUUUUGAACAAAUUUUUCAAGCUGAUGGAGACAUUGAAGCUUUAUGUUAUGCUUCAAAUGUUUGUGUUCUUGUUUCAGGUGGUAUGGUCUAUUCAUAUCCUGUAAGUUAUAACAGACAUAUUUAUUUAUCACAGGAUUUUUCAGAGGAUCCAGAGAAAACACCAAGUUGGGAAUUGGUUUAUUCAUUCACUCCAAAACUUACUCGAAAUUAUAGAUUUACAAAUUUAUUUUAUAUUGAUGGGUAUUUCAUUGCUUUUGGAUGUGGUGAUUUAGUAAAUAUCAGUAGUGAUGGAAGAAAUUGGUCUGAAAUCACAAAAUUUCAAGAUGUUAGAAAAGCAAUUUUCAAAAAUAAUACGUUAAUAUUGAUAACAAGACCAGUUUUAAAUACUCACCCAAAUUCAAUAUUAUAUAAUAAAUUCAAUAUUCAUAAUGGAUUAAAUACAAUUCUUGAGAUGAUUUACCCCAUUGGUUCAAUAUAUACAUCAAUGAAUUCAACAAAUCCAGCUGAUGUAUUCGGUUUCGGUACAUGGCAGCAGAUUGUAGAUAAAUUCUUAUACUGUGCUAACUCUUCAAAGCAAACAGGAGGCUCAAAGAAAAUUAAAGAAGCAAACUUAUCUGCGCACACUCAUACAGGAACGACAAACUUUUCUGGCGACCAUAGCCACUCAUUAAGAGACCACCCAUUAUACAACUCAGACUAUAAAGCUGGCAAUGACGUUUUAUCUCCAUCUUAUAACAAUUCAGCAAAAAAGACUUUUCGACCAACUGAACCAGGAGGAAAUCAUGUCCAUACUUUCACAACAAAUCCAACAGGCUCGGGUGAAGAUUAUAUGCCACCUUAUAUGACAGUUUAUGCAUGGUUUCGCGUUCAAUGA